ACUUCGUUGCACCUGCGCGAGCUAUCUGCCCCUGUAUCGCGAUUGUACUCCAUAGACACCGCAAGCCGACAUGUACAAAAAGGUGACUCCCGUGGCGAAAACGGGCACUCACCACAGCAGCCUUCCCUCAAGGUUACUUCCUCGAUAUCCUUGAUACUCCCGGUUGUCUCACAGCCGGUCUUUCCCUACCAUGCAUCUCGAAUUGGUUCUCAUGGGUCUCGCUACCAUCGCGGUAGCCAUGCCGCUCGACAAGAAGAGUGAUGACUCCGUGAAUCAAGCCCAAGAUAUCAACUACAAGCUUUACGCCGACUAUCAUCCGUAUUAUCAGUACGGGAAGUAUGGUGCACCAGCCGAAGCAGAGGCUGCGAAGAGCCAGCAAGAAGAAUCAGCCUCGAACAUGAAGCGAGACAACUCCCUGCCCAAGGUAGAAGGCUACACCGAAUACGGCAAAUACUACGAGUCCUACGGCGACUAUCCUGCUCCUCCCCCUUCUCCUCCAAGUGAUGCCGAAGCCGCAAAGGUGAACGUCAACACCGGCACAAUGAAGCGCCAUAUGAUGAAUAUGCCCAAGGAUAUGAUGCAUAACGAUGGCAGCAGCGAAAGGCGUGGCGCGCCAAAAGAGGUUGAGACUGCAGGGGAUACUUGGUACCAACGUUAUGACCCCUACUCAAACUACGGCAAAUACAGCGGUGCAGCUGAGGCUGAAGUCACCAAAGCUGGAUGCGUCAUGUCUGCGAGUGGCUGCGUAGAAUGAGUCCUAGGUCAGGGCGAUGACUUCUUGC